UUGCGCGUCGGCUGCGGCCGCUUCAAGCCGUCUGUGUUGAGAGCAGCAGAUGACGGGUAUGUUUACAUACGUUUUCUAUAGUGAACAUGGAAGCACCGCAGAAUGUUCUAGUUAUUAAUAACAUAAAACCCAAGUAGCACAUAGAGAGAGGGCAACGCAAGCUUCCUCAUUACCCGCUAAUGCUAGCUUGCUGGUGGGCAAUUGACAGGCUUUCCCCACAGUUUCAUAUGAUAAGCUUCUGGCAUAUGACAGAUGAAGCAGACAAGUGCGACUCGUAGUACUAGCCAGCCAGAAAGUCAAACACUUCUGGGCUGUUGGAAAGCCCUCAAGUUCUGAGAAGGAAGGAGGGUUGGCUGUGAAGGUCCAGAUGUGAUCCUGUGUUGUUUAACCGCUUACUGUCCAGACACCUAGCCGAGAAUUAUGAGUCAGCCUCGGAAGCGCAGAGCCGGGGUUCUGAAGGCAUGUCCCACGCGAGCGAAAAGCUUGAAAUCAUCGGGAAAUGAGUGUGGAACGAUUCUACCAGAAGAUGCCCCGUCUCCAACAACCUUGGUAAACAAAACCCAUGCUACCCCCGUCAAAGAAACCGAGGUAGACCUACAGCCAUGGAGGCGUUCCCCAAGACUGCUGGGCCACAGUCUGACAUCCAGCCCUGAAGCUUUUACCCAUGGAGAUCAUUACCAGGCCGAAAGUCCUGUCAAAGGAUUUUCAGACGAGGACACGACGGAGCAGGACUUGGUCAUCACUCUUGGUGAGGGGCCAGGAAGCAGCAGCAGCACUAGGAGAAAAGGAGUUGUGGGGAGGAGAGGAAGAGCAUCUGGUCAUGGAGGAGGAGGAGGAGGAGGAGGAGGAGGUGGUGGUGGUUCUUCCUCUCAGGAGGAGGAGGUGCAGCGGGAGACCCGGGAGGAGGAGGAGGAGGUGGAGAUAGACAGUGGGUUGGACCGGGACCUGGAGAGCAAAUCUCGGCAGCACAGACUCACCUCUGCCAACGUCCGCAGCAUCAUACAUGAAGUGAUCACUAAUGAGCACGUGGUGGCCAUGAUGAAAGCUGCCAUCAAUGAGACCGAUCCCGUGCCUGUGUUUGAACCAAAGAUGACUCGCUCCAAGUUGAAGGAGGUGGUUGAGAGAGGAGUGGUCAUUCCUACAUGGAAUAUCUCACCAAUCAAAAAGCCAAGUGAAACAAAGGCUCCUCAGUUUGUGGAUAUCCCCCUGGACGAGGAGGACUCUUCAGAUGAAGAAUACCGCCCUGAUGAGGACGACGAGGACGAGACCGCCGAAGAGACCCUGGAGAGUGCUCUGGAGAGUGAUUUGGAGAGUACUGCCUCCUCCCCGCGCGGCAGCAGAGCAGCCCUCAGACCGCGCGAUGACGACAAACACACCUCCUCUAACCAGGGGGGUCAGGUGGGUCGGAGGUCGCGUCACCUGCGUGUGGAGGUGGUGCCCAUGGGUCCCCCUCCCCCGCCCCAGCCCCCGGUGGCCAAUCGGGAGCGAGAGAGCAGCUUCUUGGAGAAGCUACACGCCGUGGACGAGGAACUGGCAUGCAGCUCACACUCACACUGCAUGGAGCCCUACCAGACUCUGGGUGGAGGAGGGCUGAUGGCGUGCCGCACGCGCUCAAAGCGACCCCUGAGGGACGUCCCCCUGCAGGAGCUGGAGGCGGAGCUACAGGCGCCAGACUUCACCCCUGACCUCUACGACAUAGUCUCCGCCAGCGAGGACGUGGAGUGGACCCAUUGGCUGCAGGGCCUCAUGACCUCCGAGAUGAUGACCAAUGAGGAGGAGGCCGAUGAUGAUGACGAGGAUCCUGAGUAUAACUUCCUGGCCGACAUCGACGAGCCAGAUCAGGAGGACUACAGGAACGACCGAGCCGUUCGCAUCACCAAAAAGGAAGUGAAUGAGCUGAUGGAGGAGUUGUUUGAGACUUUCCAGGAGGAGGUGGGAGUGCAGGAGGAAGAGGAGGUGCAUGAAGAGGUGGAGGAGGAGGAGGAGAGAGAGGAGGACAAGGAGGAGGACACCAGGCCGCCCAACACUGCAGCGCCCCCUGGUGUCAGCAUUCUGCACACCGUGCAAUAUGAGAACCCGCUGGCCGACGUUCUGAAUGAGAGCUACCGCACGGUGCGCGAGCAGCUGGCUGCCCUCCGCAAGCGGCGCACCCUGCUGGAGAGUCGCGGUAUUGCAUGGCCCCUGCCCAACACCACCGAACCCCCUCCACCCCCCCUGCUGCUCUCACACACACAGAAGCUGCAUUUACAGCAGCAGGUACAACAGCAUGUUCAGCUCCUGACCCAGGUGGUGAUGCUGUGUAGUCCAGUGGAGCGACUGAAGACUGAGGCCUCCACUGCCAGGCAGUUCCUGUCGGAGCUGGAGGUGUUUGCGGGUCGCGGUGAGCAGGUGAGGCGAGCUCAGGACUCCUCCUUCAGCAGCGUCUUCAGAGCCUCCAACCUGCAGGGGGCGCUCUCGCUACUGGAGGAGAUCAGCCAGAGCCCCACACCACCCGUACACACAGUUUCAAAGAAGCGCGGUAAGGGGCGUAGUUUCCCGGUGAUCCCGCCCCACCUGGCCUGGCUCAUGGCCACUCGCCCCGCCUUCAUGUACCCAGAGCUCCUCCCACACGUCAGCCUGGACCCCGCCCACCACCCCACCAGCGCACAGAGGAUGAAGACCUUCACCCCAGCAGAGGACUGCCUGAUAGUCCUGGGCCACAGGCACUUCAGCGGUACGGAGCGGCCGCUCAAGAUGGCCGCCCACUACCUGCUGGGAGCCAAGACGGUCACGGAGAUCAACAAGCACGUCUACGACGUCUGCCACCGCCUGCCCAACCACGUCCUCACGUUGUACUACCAGCAGAGGAAGCUUCCCAGCCUGUCUCAGCCCUGCCGCAGAGUGGAGCCAUGUGACCAGCGCCCCGCGGUGGAGAGGGACGAGAACAUCAUGCCUCUCUGGCUCUGGAAAAGCCUGCAGUCCAUCUACAAGGCAGUGCAGCACCACAACGGCCAACAACCGCAAGGGACGGCCCCCAUGAAGGAACCCUCCUCCUCAUCCCAGAGAAACGUCACUCCAGACGGGGCAGCUGUGUACAGUGACUCCCCUCCUAUGUCCUCUGCAUCUGCAACCACCUCCACCUCCAGUGGCCCCAAGACUCUCCUGCCCCCUCCACCCCCCCGGCCGUACCGCUUCCCCUCGGGCACCUGCUACCCCCACACCCUCCCCGAGAGACUGGUCAUGCAGCCGUGCGGCUUCAAAUGGGUCCGCCAACCGCCGCCGAGUGCCGCCGCCGCCGCCGGGCGAUCCUCCAACAAAGCGCCUGCCAAACGUUCCCGCCACCGCCGCAGAGAGCGCCUGUUCACCCCCACGUGGAAACAGGAGGGGAAACCCCUGCCUUCCAUCCAGCCAGGACCCUCCCCCGUACCCCCCAGUGGUGCGUCCACAAAUACUGCCCCCCCACCUGUAGGUAAGGGCAGGGGAGUCUCUAGUAAGGGCCGAGGUGGGGGUGGGGGUGCUGGUUCAGUGGUGGGGGGUCUUGUGCCGUCACCUGCCCUAGGGCUGGGGGGGCUGAUAUUAAACCUGCCCGUGUCCGCUCCGACAGUCAUGCCCUCUGGCGUGCGAUUGGCCCCCAUAGCUCCUAAAAUGGCGCCGGGAUUGGCCAAGAGCCAAGUCAGUCAGCCCUGUAACGGCCUGAUUGGUUUACGAAAACUGACUGCGGCCCUUCCGACUCAGCUGGUGCUGGUGCCGCCCGGCCUACUGGUCCAACCCCCCGCGCUGUUGCCACCGGCAACAACAACCACCCGCCAGGCCGCGGCGACCAAGCCUAACACGAGACGCAGCCAAUCGCAGAAGAAGACGCGGGGGAGGAGGAAGAAGACGGACAAGGAGGUGGUAAGAAGCUGUGCCACAGAGGAGGUGGUGCAGCCAAUCAGAAUGGAGCAGCAGAGAGAAGGAGGAAAUGCAGAGGAAGUGAAGGGGAAGAGAACUGGGGCUGAAAGGGAAAAGAAAAUGGAGGAUCCCGCCCCCAGCCUCAGCAGCUGCACCGACGCCAUGGCGACUGAGAUGAUUGACGGGGACGACAGCGAAUCACGUGGAGGACAGAAGACGAAUACGUGCACGUGCUCUUUGGAAACACCUGCUGAGGAGACUAUUGAGAGGCUGUCUCUGCUGGCCUGGCAGGGAAGAUGUGACGCUGAGAAGAGACUGAAGAAGAACAACACUGCACAAGAAUGCGAGAGAGUGCCUCCUAUUGGUGACUGCUGGAGUGACAAGCAGGAAGUGGAGGUGUGUGGCGGGAGGAAGUCGUCCGUGUCGGACUCUGAGGACGCGACGCUUGAAGAGGAUCCACGCAAGGAGACCAAGGAGGUGGCCUUUGCCCAGGCCUACCUGCAGAAGGUGUGCGGGGUGCUGCAGGUGGAGCCGGGGAAGGUGGAGGAGUUUCUGGGCGUGCUCAAUGCCUUCGAGCUGGAGCCGGGAGGCCACACCCCCGUGGAGCUCUACCACAGGCUCCGCCCCUUGCUCCAGCACUGCCCAGAGCUGCUGCAGGACUUUGCCGCCUUCCUGCACCCGGAGCAGGCGCACCAGUGUGGACUGCUGGCAGAGCAGCAGGCGUUUGAGCGCAGCCAGCGCUUCCUUCGUCAGCUGGAGGUGAGCUUUGGGGAGAGCUCUGCCCUCUACCGCACCGUGGUCAGGAUACUGAGAGGAGGCGUCAGCCACAGCACACUCACAGAGGUUGAAGCUCAAAUCUCCAGUCUCCUAGGAAACCAUAGGCACUUGCUGGAGGAAUUCUGGGUAUUUUUCCAUCAGCUCCACCCCCAGGUCUCUGGGUCAAAUAAGAAGCCCGCAUCUGACAGUGAAUGUCAGAGCAUUCAGCCAAUCAGAUCUCUCAUCCAUGCAGAGGAGGCGGGACAUGAAAAUGAGCUACCCCUUAAUGUGGCCAAUAGGAAGUCUGCAUUAUGCUUAGCACACUUGGGCUCUGGCCACAACAGCAAGACCUCCUCCCCAGCCAGCCAUCACAGGAAGACCUGGGCAAGCAACUGGGAACUGACCAAUCAGGUUCCCAUAGCUGGAGCAAACACAACAGCACUAACUCAUCCACUGGCUGUGGGCGAACCAAACAAAGCAUCUAGACUAGAAACCGUGGGCAGAUCAAACAAAGUCCCCAUCACAAAUACUACCAAGGACGGCAUCCAGAAACCUGCAUUGAGCCCAAAUGCCAUGGGCAGAGUGAAUUCAUCCCCCAACAGAAGUGCACUGCUGGUAGUGAAUACAACCCCUAAUUCAGUAGCCACGGUGGGUGAGGAGGACUCAACGCUAAGUGCUGAGGUUGUGGAUGCCAAGAACAUCUCACUCAUGCCCACGGGGGAGAGAGUGGUGCUGUGGACCAGGGAGGCAGACCGAGCCAUCCUUACCGCCUGUCAACAGAAAGGAGCCAAUCAAAAGACAUUCUCUUCCGUUUCUGCCCAGCUGGGCAACAAGACAGCCAAUGAGGUGUGUGCACGCUUCCACGAGCUGAUGCGGUUGUUCCACACGGCCUCGAGACAGCGUCGCUGCAGUGAGGAGGACAGUGACAGCGACGCCUCCUGUAGCUCAAAAGAAGAGGAACCAGACUGAACCUGAUGGCAAACCGCAGGAGCAGGAACUGGACUUGAAGCUGAUCAGAACGUUCAGCCCUCUAGAACCCGAGGAGGAGAAACAUGAUUGGACCUGAUCAGAACCUGCAGUCUCCUUAACCCCACUAGGGGCCUCUGCACACCGGCUCCGACAAAGUGCAGAGCACUGCUCCGCAAAAGUUCUAUUCCAUUGUUUUCAAUACAACCCCGGCACACCACGAACAUCGACUAGCAAUCAGAGGCGAUUUCUAUUUUGUCGGAGCCGCCCAUUGACUUUCCAUUCUCUGCUAUGGUGAAAUCGU